AUGGGAGUGUGUCGAGUGAUUAGGCAACAAGUAAAAUGCAAUACUUCGACGACAUCAUUUGGAGAGUUUGAAUGUCGCAAAGCAUUGGAAAGAGAAGUGAAAAGACAUCGAUACUGGAAGACCAAGGCAGUCAAGAAAAUGAAUUUCGACAAGAUUGAAACAUCUACAAGUAUUCAGUACAUUCUGGAGUCAUUCACGGAAGCCAGAUCGACUUCUGAAGCAAAUGAGGCGGCUAACUUCGCAGCGAUGAGUGAAGCUUCUUGCUCAAUGUCAGGAGGCGGAGCGUUGAGUCCGUGGGAUUUCGAAGUGAUGCCGAAUCAGUUAUUUGUUGAUCAGGUGAGACUUUGA